AUGCCACCGCGCGCUUCGCCAACCUCGGCGCUGCGGCUGCGACGAUUCUACACGUCCCGUGCGGCAGUGGAUACACCCCCGCCAGUAUCUCACUCUAGGGGGGCACCGAACGGGUCCUCCGCGUCGCUUCCCCCAAAACGCAAGCAACGCUCCACCUGGACCCAGCGGUUGCUUGUCCUUGGUCUCAUUGGAGGCGGGGUGUACGCCUAUGACAAGAAGUUCAAUGCGAGCGCGAUCACUAGGAGCUUGCGGACGGGAUACAUUGGGCUGUUGUGUACCUUGGACUACAAGCUCAACUUCUCGCCCGAGAAGGCCAACGAGAUCAACGAGCUCCAUGAGCGCGUUGCCAAACGUCUCCGCUGGGUCAUUGAUACUAACCAGGGACUGUACCUGAAGCUCGGACAGGCGAUUGGUCUCCAAGCAGCCCUUCUCCCCAAACCCUACCGCGACGCCUUCUUCCAUGUAUUCGACAACGCCCCCUCUGUCCCGUACGAGCAAGUCGUCCAAGUCUUUCGCUCCGACCUCGGCAUCGAUCCCAUGGACGUCUUUGGCGAGUUCUCCAAGGAAGCGCUUGCGUCGGCGUCCGUCGCGCAGGUUCACCGCGCCGUCUUGAGGCCAGAGGCCGGUAAUCCCGACCAGGUAGUGGCUGUCAAGGUUCAAAAGCCUGCCAUUGCGAAGCAAAUGGAAUGGGACUUGUUCAGUUACAAAAGCCUGAUGUGGCUCGCGCAGAAGGCCUUUGACUUGCCUUUGUAUUUUGUCGCCGACUACGUCUCCUCACAAAUGCGCUUCGAGACAAGCUUCACUAUGGAAGCCGCCAACGCUCGCAAGUGUGCGGCACUCCUUGCCCAGACGCCCGAACUCAGAGACGACGUGUACGUGCCACGAAUAUAUGGCAAGGAGGACGGAUAUCCCGAAAGCGACCGUAUCCUGGUCAUGGAAUGGGUUGAUGGGUGCAGGUUGAAUGACAAGAAGCAGAUUGAAGCAUGGGGCCUCGAUCCGCGCGAGGUGAUGGACCUUGCCAUCGGUCUUAAUGGCGCCAUGACCUUUUCAUGGGGCUUUGUCCACUGUGACCCGCACCCAGGCAACAUUCUCGUCAGGCCGCAUCCGUGGAAGAAGGGCAAGCCUCAGAUUGUUGUCCUCGACCACGGCCUAUACAUCACCCUCCGUCAGUCGUUCCGCGAAGAGUACGCCACUCUCUGGCGCUCCAUGUUUGUCCUCGACAUCGACACAAUCGAGAAGAUUGGCAAGAAGUGGGGCUUGGGCCUGGAUCCUAACAUGUUUGCUUCUGCGAUUAUGCUCCGCCCGACCCAGGUCAAGCCCACGGGCAAGAAGGGCCCCCACCCCAAGAAAUCAGAGUACGAGCUGCAGCUCGAGGUCAAGGCCCAGUUCAAGGCGAUUCUCGAGAGCGAGCAGCUCAUUCCAAAGGAACUCAUCUUCCUCACUCGCUGCCAAAGGAUGAUGCAAGCAAACAACCAAACACUCGGCUCUCCGUCCUCCAGAGUAAACGUGACUGCACAGUGGGCUGCCCGCGGCUACGCCAACUCGCUCACGGGUUCUCGUGCCCUCUCGGCCGUGGGCUUCCAGACCUGGCUCAAGGACAGGUUGCAAAUGGUCGUGUUCAGGUUUACCCUUUGGGUGAUUGACGUCGCAUUCUGGUGGACCAAGCUCAAACAACGAUGGGGCAGCAGCGACGCGCUUGGAUGGGAGGACCGCCUCCAAAAGCAGAUGGAGUCGUUGGCGCGCGACGAGUUUGGUAUCGAAAUUGACGAUACCGUGUUCCUCGGCUAG